AUGGGCUCGGGCCAAUUCGACAAGGCCGGUAUUCUUGCGGCCGACUUUUCCGGCCUCGAGGCCUCCUCGCCGAGCUUCCAGCUCUCCCAGGACGACAUCAACACCCUGGCUGCGGCCUUCAGCUCCAGCGACAAUGCGUUCGCCAACGGCUUCUCCAUCGGCGGUGAGAAAUUUGUGACCAUCAAGGCGGACGAGCGCAGUCUAUACGGCAAGAAGUGUUUGGAUCUGAUGCAGGGUAAGGAGGGCGCCAUCGUCGUCCGCGCUACCUCGUGCACCAUCAUCGCCCACCACGGCGAGUCCGUCCAGACCACCAACGCCGCCACCGUCGUUGAGAACCUGGUUGACUACAUCAACAACCCCCGGUAA